UUUGCCCUUCACAUUCAAUCAGUUAUAUAUUCAUAUCCUAAUUACAUUAAUGUCAUGUGUUAAGUCCCCCCACAUAUUUCCUACAAUGCAUUUUCUUCUUCUUCUUUGCAAAGGUCUGACCUCACCCAUUCAUUUCAUCUACAUAAUAACCAAGGAGAGGUCUUGACUUAUAGUCCGUAGUAGUCUUUACCGAGGAGAUCUGGUGCUGCAUCUUCAAAAGACGCAUUUUUGUUACUCCUGUAACCUUAAGGGGGCUUUUUAGCUUUUGGUUAGCUAUCCGUUUCUGGAAAACAUCUGAAUCAUUUUAUAACCAAACCCAGCUGCUGCGCACGUCUAUGUGUGCGUGUGUAUUGGUUUGUAUGAGGAAGAGGGAGCGAGUGUGAGUCUAUCUGUGCUCGGUUUGCUCUCCAAAAAGGAAAGAAAGAAAAAAGUUUGGACGUCUUUUCUUGACGAAACAGUUUUUUUAGGAAUGAACGCCGAGACGUGCGUUUCAUACUGCGACAUGACAUCCAUGGAUUCAUAUUAUAGCCCAUCUGCACCGCAAGGUAGGGAUCACCAAGCGAACCCGUUCAGGACAUUCCAGUCGAGUGACACCAAAUACAGCUCUGCUUUCCUGACCAACAAAGGUCAGGCGUACGGGGAAAAGUCUCGGAGCCCGUUCCAGCAAGAAUGCCAGUCAUUGGAUGCCACUGCUGGGGAAGGCACCUUUAACAAAUACCACCUCUUCAUGCAGAGGUCGUCCUGCAAAACUCCCACAGACAGCAGCAAACUCCAACAGGAAAGCGAACACAACGGAGGGCUCAUCGCUUGUUAUGGUAAAGAUAGCACAGGGCUGACAGAUUCAGAGUUGCCGCCAAACACUGAUCCUGCAGGGAUGGAUGGCAGCUACCUCAGCGUAAAGGAGUCAGGAGUGAAGAGCCCGCAGGAGCAGCCCAAUUCAGAGCUGGCUUCUCCAUUAGACAAGGGCGAGGGAGAAAGCAACAAGGGCAAAAAGCGACGUAACCGUACCACCUUCACAAGUUAUCAGCUGGAGGAGCUGGAGAAGGUCUUUCAGAAAACACAUUACCCGGAUGUGUACGCCAGAGAGCAGCUCGCACUGAGGACUGACCUGACGGAGGCUCGAGUGCAGGUGUGGUUUCAAAACCGAAGAGCCAAGUGGCGGAAGCGAGAGCGCUUUGGACAGAUGCAGCAGGUUCGGACACAUUUCUCCACGGCCUAUGAACUCCCCCUUCUUACUCGGCCUGAGAACUAUGCCCAGAUUCAGAACCCCUCUUGGAUAGGCACCAGCAGUGCGGCGUCUCCUGUUCCGGGCUGCGUCGUACCUUGCGACUCGGUCACUUCGUGCAUGCCUCCUCACCCGCAUGCUUCUAGCGGAGUGUCUGACUUCUUGGGAGUGCCUACUUCGGGAGGUCACAUGGGACAGACGCACAUGGGCAGCUUGUUUGGGAGUCCAGGCAUGGGCACUGGCAUUAAUGGGUACGAUCUGAACAUGGACCCGGACCGAAAGUCGUCCAGCAUUGCGACGCUGCGAAUGAAAGCUAAAGAACAUAGCGCAGCCAUCUCUUGGGCUACAUGA